AUGAGACCGCUGACCCAAACAUGGUUCGGGACUGCGAAUUCUCACCCGCUGAUCCAGAUCAGAAAUGCGGGACAAAAAGGCCUCGGCGUCUUUGCCAACGUCAAUAUUCCUCGAGGCACACGAAUUGUCGCGGAAGCCCCGCUAAUGAAAUCUGACCGAGCCGGGGACUCCAUGACAAUCUGGAAAGCUUUCAGCAAACUCAUGCCUGUGGAAAAGGAGAAGUACCUCGAAUUGCACCACCUGGAAUGUGACAUGGAGUACGAGCUCAUGAAUCCCGCUCUGGGGAAGAAUCGACAGAGACACCCGGAUGGCAAAAGUGCUUGCGAUCUAUCGUUCUCCGCCGAUAAGAUUCUCCAUGGAGAUUAA